UGAGAAGUUUAGAAGAGGAAAGUUUUUGUCCAGCAGAAGACCGGCCUCAACGACUCAGCUGCCAUGGAUGAUUUAGAUGCGUUGCUGGCAGACCUGGAAUCUACAACAUCCCACAUCUCAAAGAGACCUGUCUUCUUGGCUGAUGAAACCCCCUACUCCAUCCCUACAGGAGGACACACACACCCAGAUGUGUCAGUGCCUCCUCCAGUCCCUCCUCCACCUUCAGCCGAGGCUCUGAAUGGAUCCCUGACUGAUCAGCCAAACUCCCACCACUCCUCUCAGCAAUCUUUAGGCUCAGGGCAGAAGAGCUCGUGGUCCAGGGACAGCAGCAGUUCUCCACUGUCACACAUUGAAGAGGACCACGUUUACAGUUUUCCAAACAAACACAAGACUUCAGACUCGUCAUCAGCAGCCAUGACCUCUGGUCUGGGCAGUAACCUCUCGGAGCUGGACAGGCUUCUGCUGGAACUUAAUGCGGUGCAACAGAGCUCUCCUUCCUUCCCCACUACAGAUGAGGCAGCUCCACCCUUACCAUCCUGCAGCAUCACCCACUAUGAGAACGGCAGCGCCCCUGACAUCCUUGUCAGCCCCCCAGCUCAGGAGAAACCAAAGAGAAAUGGAACAAGGCCGGAGGAGUCUCGACCUACAGUGGAGAGCCUGUUGGAUGAGCUGGAGGGCUCGGUGCCUUCACCCAGCUCUUCUACUCGUCACAAUGAUUUGGAUACAUCACCUCAACAACAAGCCAGAAUUUCAGCGUCCUGCGCCACAAGAGAGCUCGAUGAACUGAUGGCCUCUUUGUCUGAUUUCAAGAUAAUGGCUCAAGGAAAAGCUGGUGUUCCUGGUGGGCCCCCAACGCAGGUCAACAAACUGGACAACAUGCUCGGUAGCCUUCAGUCGGACCUCAACAAACUAGGGGUGCAAACAGUAGCUAAAGGAGUUUGUGGUGCCUGCUGUAAGCCAAUCGUGGGACAGGUGGUGACCGCCAUGGGCCGCACGUGGCACCCAGAACACUUUGUGUGCACACACUGUCAAGAGGAGAUCGGCUCCAGGAACUUUUUUGAGCGAGAAGGACAGCCUUACUGUGAGAGAGACUAUCAUCAUCUGUUCUCUCCUCGAUGCUACUACUGCAAUGGGCCCAUACUGGAUAAAGUUGUGACGGCGCUGGACAGAACCUGGCAUCCUGAACACUUCUUCUGCGCUCAGUGUGGAUCCUUCUUUGGUCCAGAGGGUUUUCAUGAAAAGGAUGGAAAAGCUUACUGCAGGAAGGAUUACUUUGAUAUGUUUGCACCGAAAUGUGGCGGCUGUGCCAGAGCCAUUCUGGAAAACUACAUCUCUGCGCUCAACUGUCUCUGGCAUCCGGAGUGCUUUGUUUGCAGGGAGUGCUUCACCCCGUUUGUGAAUGGCAGCUUCUUCGAGCACGAUGGCCAACCCUACUGUGAAGUGCACUACCACGAGCGGCGCGGCUCCCUCUGUUCGGGCUGUCAGAAGCCCAUCACAGGGCGCUGCAUCACAGCCAUGUCCAAGAAGUUCCACCCGGAGCACUUUGUCUGCGCUUUCUGCUUGAAACAACUCAACAAAGGCACCUUCAAGGAGCAAAACGACAAACCUUACUGUCACAGCUGCUUCAUCAAACUGUUCAGUUAGGGAUCCAGGCCCAGCGCCACGUUUCUGUCAGGCCAAUCAUCUCAGCACCAGUGAAGGUGGAUUUAUGUGGAGAAUCUUGUUCUCCCAUGAUCAAGUGUGAAUAGGUUGGGUUUGUUUAUGUUGGUAAAGUAGCAUACUGCCUGACUAAAUGUUUUAAUAUCUUUCUGAAGUAAACACAAAUUACUCUCCUCUGACAGCAACAUAUUUUGAAGCUGUUUUCGAGUCUAUCAGUGAAUGUGAUGCAGACAUAGCGUUUUAAUGACAUUGAACUUUUUUUUUUUCUUAAAGCCAGAAAAGUGCUGUAUUAUUAUUUUUUUGUCAAGCAAGCAGAAGACAUAACAUUUAUUUCUUGUCUCCUAGCAUGUGUUGGACUUUUUUUCUUCCAAAGAUCAAAAGCAGUUGUUUUCUGUAACCCUGAAGUCGUGUUGCUUCAGCUCAUUGUUUCUCAUCGUUUCAGAAAGAGGAGAACUUGUGCUGAUCACUCUGACACUGAAACUUAUGAAAAACUGUGUUAACCAUGUUGCUCACUGGCUGAGUGUGUUGUGGAAUCCAGGAAGUAAGGAACGGGUGACUGGUAACCGUUUUUAGCUUUGCAGUACAAAUGUUAUUUUUUAAAACAGGCGAGAACCAAAAGGGUUUGGAUACUUUUUUAUGAUGAAGAGUUUGAGGCAGGUGACCGCGUCAUAGACGAAUUCUGACUGGAGAGGGAAACCAGUAUUCAGAUGUUGAAAACAAGUGACUGUUGGGUGAUUUUAUUAGUCGCUUCAUCAUAAGCUCUUGUAUGAAAGUGUGGAUACGUGUUAUAAGGCAACAAUAUUACUAAAUCAGUUUUACACUAUGC